GCUCGUCUGAACCGGCAAACAUCCUUCCGAAAGAGAGUGUUUCUGCCUGUCCGCGAGCGAAUCCUGGCACCUGCCCAGUUGCGAGUCCCGCCGCCACCUCGGGUCAGGGGUGUCCUUUCGGUCACGGAAAAUCAGGACACCCUGUGUCAGAUCUCCUCCCUUCUAGCCCCUCCUUUCUUUCCUUCGAAGCUUCCUCUGAUACCGCCAAUGUGCCUCCUUCGGCGUCCAGCGCCGGAUGUUCGAUCAAACAUGGAUCUGCUGCUUCCUUUUCCGACAGUUCCGCGGAGCUGCCGGACGAAUGUCCCAUGAAGCGACAGCCCGCUCGAAAGUCCUUUUCCUUCUCCUCGCUUUUCUCAUCCUCGCCGUCCAAAUCUUCCUGCCCUUAUGGUAUGGGUGAGGGAGGCGAAGGUACUCAAGGAUCCAACGUGGAGGUUCCUGCUGGCCUCAGCGACGUUCGCGAGCGGUCGACGAUCCCGUCUGCCUCAGGACAGAACUGGAACUACCCGUCAGAGAAACAGUUCUAUCGGGUAACGCGAGCGAAGGGCCACCAAGUCGACCCCGGAGAUAUGCCAGCUAUUGUGGCGAUUCACAAUGCUGUGAACGAGCAGACGUGGGUGGAAAUUCUUCGAUUUGAAGCUCUCCACCAGCGCGAAUGCGACACCCCGAAGCUCCUGCGUUUUGUUGGUCGACCUGAAGAUUUGACUUUCAAGGCUCGAGUCAAGCAUCUGCUCGGUUACGAGCGACCCUUCGAUCGCCACGACUGGCUCAUAGACCGGUGUGGAACUAAAGUCAGGUACUUAAUCGAUUUCUAUGACGGGCGAGCGACCCCAGAACAAGAGGCCACCGGCAAGGUAGCGAUUUACAUCGAUGCGCGACCGGACAUUCUCAGUCCACACGGCCUACUCGACCGUGUGCGAAUGUUUUUUAUUAACAAAGGCUGGCUUCAACCGUAACCUGCGUUGCGGGUAAUUGGACACAACGACAAACAACAAAGAGAACUCGAGAAGUACAAAGGCACUUGUCCGGCGAAACUCCUUUCCUUGUUGUAGGAAAGCGUGUGGAACUCUCCUGGAGAGCCGCUUUGUCUGUCGCUUUUCGCUUAACAGUCUUUUUUUCCGCGUUGCCCUUCUCUUUCGGGAAGGAGGGGAAGUCUGCCGUUUGGCAGUCCCUCAUGAGGAAAGCUUCCCUCAACUUUUAUCAUGCCACUGUUCAGUCCUUUCGGACUAAGCAUGCCGCGAAAAUUCAGUUGUAGAUUUCAUUGGAGCAAAUCAGACUGCGUGUUUCUUGGAGAGUAUCAAGACUAAUCUGAGCGGUGUAUGCGUUGUCUUUUGUAAUGGAUGAGGUGGGGUCUUCUUCCAUUUGGAUAUCAGCUUGCAUGUGCUCACUCAAAAGGAAGAGAAGGCGCAGUGUCACUUUCCUCAGGUGAAUGCACUGGACCGGACUUCUCCGUUCUUAGCUUGAGUUCAGCGUGAUUUCUGAGGUCGCUUUGUUGGUGGCUGUAAUUUGGCUGUUUUACAGACAACGACGCUGCCGAAAGGGGUGUACGUGUAGUUGUCUUGAACACAAUAAACCGGUAGGAAGCGAAUUCGAGGCAGAAACCCCAAACUCUGUGUAUUUAAGUGGACUUUAUUCGCGG